GGGCGGUGCCCGGAGCAGACAGCCGGCGUGCGGCGACGGACGGUGGCGGCAGCGCUCGGGAGCGCCCGGUUGGGAUGCGGUCCCCGCUCUGACGGCCCCGCCGCCGCCCGCUCCCUCCUCGGGGCCCGGCCCAGCGGAGCCGGCGGCUCCCGGGGGCCGCGCAGCCCAUGGCAGGCUCCGCGCAGCCCCCGACGGCGGCGGGGGACGGCGGCCUCGACGGCGGGUCGCUGGCGGGGGGCGGCGGGGCUUUCGCGGACCGCUCCCUCAGCCAGGGCUUGAGCGUGCUGGUGGGGCUGGCGCUCUGCGUGACCAUGCUGGGGUUGGGCUGCGCCGUGGAGCUGGGGCAGCUGGGGCAUCAGCUGCGGCGGCCCGUGGGGUUGCUGCUGGCGCUGCUGGGGCAGUUCGUGGCCAUGCCGCUGCUGGCCUUUCUCCUCGCCCUCAUCUUCGCCCUGGAUGAAGUAGCGGCCGUAGCUGUGCUGCUGUGCGGCUGCUGUCCCGGGGGCAACCUCUCCAACCUCAUGUCGGUGCUCGUCGACGGGGACAUGAACCUCAGCAUUAUCAUGACGGCCUCCUCCACGCUCCUGGCUCUCUUCCUGAUGCCCCUCUGCCUCUGGAUCUACAGCCGCCCCUGGAUCAAUACGGCCGUGGUGCAGCUGCUGCCCCUGGGCGCGGUGAGCCUCACGCUAGGCAGCACCCUCCUGCCCAUCGGCCUGGGGGUGCUCAUCCGGUACCGCUACCCCCGCGCUGCCGACCUCCUGGUUAAGAUUUCCCUGUGGUCCCUCUUGGUGACUCUGGUGAUCCUGUUCAUCCUGACUGGGACAAUGCUGGGCCCAGAUCUGAUGGCACAUAUUCCUGCGUCUGUCUACGCCAUUGCGGUGCUGAUGCCCCUAGCGGGGUACGCCUUGGGAUACGGCUUAGCCACGGUCUUUAAAAUGCCCCCACACUGCAGGAGAACAGUGUCGUUGGAAACGGGGUGCCAAAAUGUCCAGCUCUGCACCGCCAUCCUCAAACUCACCUUUCCCCCAGAGCUCAUCGGGAGCAUGUACAUGUUUCCCUUGCUUUAUGCGCUUUUUCAGUCGGCAGAAGCGGGACUCUUUGUGCUGGUAUACAAGAUGUAUGGGAGAGACAGCUACAAACAAGAUACGCUCGAUGAGGAGGAAGAUACAGAUAUAUCCUACAAGAAACUGAAGGAAGAGGAAGUUCCUGAUACUUCAUAUGGCACAGUGACCACGGAGGAGCACAACUCCAUUCAAAUGAAGCCAACGCAGACAGCGCUUUAGGGAAGAAAAGGAGGUGACACCUGCG